UCCUCUCCGCUUCCUUCCCGCCCGCCGCCCUGUCGUGCGCAUGCUUGGGUUAUGCAACCAGCCCGGCCGCUCAGGCCCCAGCGCCCGAGUGUCCCAGCUGCAGGGGGCGGCGGGGCCGCCUAGCCAGCAGGCAGAGGCCGGGUCCAGGCGAGGGGGGCGGUGCGGAGGUGGGAGGAAAGGAGGACCAGCAAGGGAACCGGCCCGGCCAACCCUCCCCUUCAGGAGAGCGCGGGGAGGCGGAGGGCGAGGCAGCCAGUCGCCUCCUGCCCGCCUGGCGAGGAGGAGAGCGAGCUGGCAAGCGGUCUGAGUGGCAUCGUCGGCACCCCCGGCCAAGUCCCGCCUGUUCCGCGGCGGCAAGUGGGUUGGCUUCCUGCGCGCUGUGCCGCUCCCCCCCUUCCUCUCCCUCUCCUUUCCCUUCCCUUCCUCCUCCCUCCCGCUCUCUCUCUCUCUCUUUUCCCUCCCUUCCUUCCCCCGGCAGUAGAAGCCGCAGCGGCAGCAGCCACAGCAGCAGCAGCCCGGAUCGCCUGAGCCAUGGCUCUGUGAGAGCAGCACAUGGCGGCCGCAGCAGCCAUGAACCCCCCACUAAUCCAUUCAACUCCCCCCUGAAGAGCCACCGUGCAACUGCAGCCGCCGCCAGCCACCAACCAACCAAACAGCCCACCCAUCUUAGUUGAAUACUACUACUACUACCACCACCACCACCACCACCCACCAACAGCACUGACAAUAUCCAGCAGCCCGGCUCCAUCACUUCUCACCAAGACCCACCCGCAACUAUUACUCUUGCUGCCUCGCCUGGACAGACGGCCGUGCCCAGCCAGCUCACUCGUCGCCCUCCUGCUGCUGCCGCCGCCGCCGCCACCCGGUCCCCCUCGCCAACGCCGCCGCCAUGGGAGUGCAAGGCUUCCAGGACUACAUCGAGAAACACUGCCCCAGCGCCGUGGUGCCGGUGGAGCUGCAGAAGCUGGCUCGGGGCAGCCUGGUUGGUGGAGGCCGCCAAAGGCCCCCCCAGACCCCGCUGCGCCUCCUCAUCGACGCCGACAACUGCCUGCACCGGCUCUACGGCGGCUUCUACACGGACUGGGUGAGCGGCGGGCAGUGGAACCACAUGCUGGGCUACUUGGCGGCGCUGGCCAAGGCCUGCUUCAACGGCAACAUCGAGCUCUUCGUCUUCUUCAACGGCGCCCUGGAGAAGGCCCGGCUCCACGAGUGGGUGAAGCGCCAGGGCAAUGAGCGCCAGACCGCCCAGCAGAUCGUCAGCCACGUCCAGAACAAGGGCACCCCGCCGCCGAAGGUCUGGUUCCUGCCGCCCGUCUGCAUGGCGCACUGCAUCCGCCUGGCCCUCAUCCGCUUCCACAUCAAGGUUUCACAGAGCAUUGAAGACCACCACCAAGAAGUAAUUGCUUUUUGCCGAGAAAAAGGUUUCCAUGGCUUGGUUGCGUAUGAUUCAGAUUAUGCAUUGUGCAACAUCCCUUACUAUUUCAGUGCCCAUGCCCUAAAACUGAGCCGUAAUGGAAAAAGCCUCACAACAAGCCAAUACCUGAUGCACGAAGUUGCCAAGCAACUGGACCUGAAUCCAAAUCGGUUUCCUAUUUUUGCUGCUCUUUUAGGUAAUCACAUUCUACCUGAUGAAGAUUUGGCUUCCUUUCAUUGGAGUUUACUUGGUCCAGAGCAUCCACUAGCCUCUCUUAAGGUACGAGCACACCAGUUAGUUUUACCACCCUGUGAUGUAGUGAUCAAAGCUGUAGCUGACUAUGUCCGCAAUAUUCAGGACACCUCUGAUUUGGAUGCCAUAGCUAAAGAUGUUUUUCAGCAUUCACAGUCUAGAACGGAUGACAAAGUUAAACGAUUUAAGAGAGCAGUUGCAUAUUAUUCAGCAACUAAUAAGCCCAUGCCAUUUCAUCCACCACACUAUCUAGCCAGACCAAAUCAGUUUGGAAUGCCGGGUAUAGUGCCACCGUAUGUUUCUCCUCAGAUGCUCAACAUUCCACAGACCCCUCUGCAAGCUAAACAUGUGGCCCAGCAUAUGUCUAGUCAAGGAAAUGCCCAAGGUCAGGGUCCAUAUCCCUAUAGCCUCUCAGAACCAGCCAUCACCUUGGACACAGGAAAAAGUCUUUCUGAGCAGAACAGCUACAGCAACAUUCCUCAUGAAGGAAAACAUACACCAUUAUAUGAACGGUCCUCUCCGAUAAACCCAGCUCAGAGUGGGAGCCCCAAUCAUGUGGAUUCAACAUAUUUUCCUGCCUCUUCUACAUCAUCUUCCUCAGACAACGAUGAAGGCAAUGCAGGUGCUGUAAAUCAUGUUGGUGGGAACAAACCUUGCUGGGAAAAAACAGGAAACCAGUCAGAAAAUCAAGCACGUGGGGAUUCAGGAGACCAAACAAAGGCAGAAGGUUCCUCUACUGUUUCUUCAGGAAACCAGGCAGCUGAAGUUAAAGGGAACCAAGCCAGUAGUCCACAAAUCCCAUGUCUGUUGUCAAUGCCCACCAGGAAUCAUAUGGAUAUUACCACUCCUCCAUUACCUCCUGUAGCACCCGAAGUAUUAAGAGUGGCAGAACACAGACACAAAAAGGGGUUAAUGUAUCCAUACAUCUUUCAUGUUCUAACCAAGGGUGAAAUCAAAAUUUCUGUUUCUAUUGAAGAUGAAGCUAACAAAGACCUGCCUCCUGCUGCACUUCUUUAUAGGCCAGUUCGUCAGUAUGUUUACGGAGUCCUGUUCAGUUUGGCAGAAAGCAGGAAAAAAAACGAGAGACUUGCUUUUAGAAAGAACAGGCUUCCUCCAGAAUUUUCACCAGUGAUAAUUAAAGAAUGGGCUGCUUACAAAGGAAAGUCUCCCCAGACACCUGAGCUGGUAGAAGCUCUUGCAUUUAGGGAAUGGACCUGUCCCAAUUUAAAGAAACUGUGGCUGGGGAAAGCCGUGGAGGACAAGAAUCGAAGAAUGAGGGCAUUCUUGGCCUGCAUGAGGUCAGACACACCAGCAAUGCUAAACCCAACUAAUGUGCCCACUCACCUUAUGGUGCUCUGCUGUGUAUUAAGGUAUAUGGUGCAAUGGCCUGGCAUUCGGAUACUUCGUCGCCAGGAACUUGAUGCCUUCCUGGCUCAAGCUUUAUCUCCCAAACUCUAUGAACCUGACCAACUACAGGAACUUAAGAUUGAAAAUCUAGAUCCUCGAGGAAUUCAGCUGUCAGCUUUGUUUAUGAGUGGUGUGGACAUGGCAUUAUUUGCAAAUGACGCUUGCGGGCAGCCAAUUCCAUGGGAACAUUGCUGUCCGUGGAUGUACUUUGAUGGGAAACUGUUCCAGACCAAGCUCAUCAAAGCAAUCCGGGAAAAAGUUCCUCUCAUUGACCUCUGUGAUGGUCAGGCUGAACAAGCUGCCAAGGUUGAAAAGAUGCGCCAGAGCAUCCUUGAAGGCUUAAAUUUCUCUCGGCAGAACCAUCCACUCCCUUUCCCACCUCCACCUGCCAUGCCUUUUUAUCCAGCUUCUGUAUAUCCUCGGCAUUUUGGGCCAGUUCCACCACCUCAUGGCAGGGGCAGAGGCUUUGCUGGAGUCUAUGGCUUUGGAGGCCCUUAUGGGGAAACAGUAGCAACAGGCGCAUAUCGGGCUUUCCGGGUGGCUACUGCAGGAGGACACUCCGGAGCCUUCUCUGGCAAUGACAGCAACAGGACUAGCAAGUUUCAGGGCGGUGUCCAACCUAUUCCUUCUCAGGGAGGGAAACUCGAAAUAGCUGGCACUGUGGUCGGCCACUGGGCUGGAAGCAGACGUGGUCGAGGAGGAAGAGGGCCAUUUCCUCUGCAGGUGGUUUCUGUUGGAGGACCAAGAGGGCGCCCUAGAGGAGUUAUUUCCACUCCAGUGAUAAGAACAUUUGGCAGAGGAGGAAGAUAUUACGGAAGAGCUUAUAAGAACCAGGGAGCAAUUCAGAAUAGUUGUGGAAGAGCAAGAGAAUUAGGGACUGACUUUAACAAUUGGACAUUGAAACAUAGCAACUCUAACAUGGGCAAACCUCCUUAUGCUGCUUCAGCAGAAGAAGUGGCCAAAGAACUUAAGUCAAAAUCAGAGGAAUCUAAGUCCUCGAUUGUGUCUUCAGAAGGAUCCCUGGCUGAAAAUGGAGUAGUGAAUGAGGAGAAACCAGCUUCCCAGAUGAAUGGAAAUACAGUAGACGUCAGGGCUUCCAACCAGUCUGAAAGUGCCUUGAGUAAUGACUCUAAAAUGUGCAAUACAAAUCCUCACUUAAAUGCACUAAAUGUAGACAGUGUUUGCCAUAAAGAUGAUGCUCUUGAGGCCACUGUCUUAAAAAAAGAAGAGUAAACUUAUUUUUUAUAGAGGGUGAAGGAUGUUGGAAGGGUCAGGAUUAGGAAUAUCUGGAAAGAAAGAGAGCCUACAGUAACGUACAUUUUUUUCCUUUCCAUAAGAGAAAAAUGAGGACUUUGGAAAUUCGGAUCCCUCUUGGAUGUCAGAGAUUUAAGGAACACAUUUUUAGUUUUAACCAGUUGUAGUCAAAAUGCUACAAUACAACAAAAAUGAAAGAGAAUGAAGAGCAUUUGACUCCCGCACUUAAAAUGAAGUAUACACAAAGUUUAAACUGGUUAUGACAAAAGCUUGUAGUUUUUGUUUCUUGAAAUAUAUAUUAAAAAAAAAACAAAUUUUGGCAGUCUUUCAGUAUAUAUAGCUUAAAAUAUAAUUUUUAGUACUUGGCACCAUAUGUAUGCCAUUAUAUUUGAUUUUGCAUUACUGUGUCACAAAGCUUUCUUUAAGGCUUUGAUUUCAUGAUUAUGGGGGGGAAAGGCACAACCACAGUUCUUUCUUUUCUUAGAUUUCAUCACUGUUGAUGUGGUUCUUUAUGUUUAAAAUGUGCAAACUAUCAAAAUUUAAAAAAUUAUAGAGUAAUAUUGGAGUUCUGCUGAUUUUAAAUAUACAUCAUACAUACUUUACAAGCAAGUUAAAAUGGAUUUAACUUGAAAAUCAUAGAAGAUGCAAAUGACCUUUUUCAAAAUAAACACAAUGUGUUCUGAUACUUUUUGUGACUAAUACCAUGCAUCCGUGAUCAAUGAACUAUGUGGUUUUGAAUCAGACGUAGACCAUUAGUACUACUAUUUGAGCUAAACUUCUGCAUGGUUCAUAAUUUUUAAAGUGUGUAGUUAAUAUUAUGCAUGUUAUUGUCCUCUUUCUUCCAUUCUUACAAGUACUGUGCCCAUUUGCAAAACAAAAAAAAAGCUAAUAAUCAGUAAUAGUCCUAUAAAAGAUGUUAACUAUGUUUAGUCAUUGACUGAUCUUGCUCUAACCUUAAAAUUUUGUGAUUAUUGACCUCUGUUGCAUUUAUUCUAAAACAAAAAAAUUAUCUAGCCGUUUUGAAUAUCAACGUUACCCUGGUGUACUCAUUGCUGUAUGCAUUAUUGUUCUCUGUUGCUGUUUUAUGCCUUCAUAUUAGCAAAUAUGAAAUUCUGUGGAAAAACACAAAAAAAAUAAGCUUUGAUCUUCAAGAAAUACCCCCCUUCUGUAGCAGGAAACAAAUGGCUUGUUCUUGAGAACUUUCCCAUCAAGAAUUUAGUAUAAGCAAAUAUACCUGUAUCAUUUUGAUGUUUUUGUUAGUGUUUCCAAACUUAAUGUACUUCAAAAUCAGAAUCAUUUCUUUAUAUUCGUUUUCAUAUAAUUCUCCUGAUGCUCUUCAUCACACAUUAGUGAUCAGAAAUGAGGUGUAAUUCCCCAUACCCUGCCCGCAAGAGCUAAGUAGGUAUCUUAAUGUAAGUUGAAGGGAGUUCUGCCCCAACUCAUGGAUUGUGCAAGAAUGAACUACUGUUGGGUUUGAUUGGUUGUAGAUGGAUUGUGGUGUGGUGUAUUUGAAGGCUAUUGAAUGCAACUUACAAUGCUUAAUAAAAAUCUUUAUUCUUUUAGUAUAAAA